GUAACAUCAACAUUUUAAACAUCUGCUCGUUUUUGUUGUCAGUUAUUAAUUUUGGUUACAUGUUUUAUGAAAUAACUUUAUUUGAAUUAAUAUAGUUGUAAAUUUUAGCAGUUUAAUAAAUUAAAGUCAACAAUGAGUGUUACACCAACGAAACGAAGAGCUUCAAAAGUAGGGCGAACGCGUUCCAGUUCUAGUUUAAGCAGUACCGAAGAUGUGGUCUUGGUAACAGUGGACGACUCGGAUGAGGAACAUGAAUCAUCUAAAGGGCGUCAACUGAGAAGAUCAGCACGCAAACCCAGCCCACAGAAGAAAUAUGCCGAAGACUACGUAUUAACUGACAUUCUACCCAACAAGAGGAGUAAUACACGAAAGAAUGAUACUGAUGACGAGGAAACUGCUGAAAAUGAUGAUGAAAAUUGUAUGACAAAUACUGCAGCACAUCCUGAUAUUGUCGACAUUCAGUUAUUACAAGAUGAUGAUAUAGCAGGCAAAAAUAUGUACGGAUUUCAUACGCCAAAAAAACGCAACGGCAUGGCACUGGCGGCCUUGAAUACUCCAAAAACACCUAAAACGCCAAAGACACCGAAAUCUGUUAAGACAUCACGCUCCUCAACAUCACAGCUGCAAGCAAAAACACCCGACACAAAGCGACGAAAAUCGACUGUUGAACCUAAAACACCUUCGCAUGUGCGGCAUCGUGUCAAAAAUCAAAUUGCCAAAAUUAUGGACUCUGAUUCUGACUUCUCUGCCAGUGGCAGCGAUUUUGUACCAACUGACAGCGAUAGUGAUAGUUCCAGUAGUAGUGAUGAGGAUGAUGCCGCCGACGAUGAACCGAAGACUCCACAUAAAGGGCGACGGCCCAUAGUUGUACCAGUGUUACCGAAAACUCCUUCUGCGGCGCGUUCACGUCAAUCAGCUCGCGCUAAGAAAUCUUCCGUUGACUAUGUACCUGAGAGUGAUGGCUAUUUCCAAGCACAUGCCAGUACCAAAAUACUCACUUCCGAUCACACACUCGAUCGUCUAAAAAAUCCACGAUUACCAGCAGAUCGUUUAUUCACGCUAUUGAAUGAAAUGAAACCAACUCCCGAACAUGAGGAGGCAAUCAGCGCCAUGAUGGAAGAAUAUCAUUCAUAUUUUCCGAAAUGGUUGUGUAUCUUACACGAAGGCUACAGUUUGCUACUCUAUGGGUUGGGUUCAAAACGUCAGCUACUACAAGCCUUUCAUCGUGAAAUACUCGCCGAUCAAUCGGUGCUUGUUGUGAACGGUUUCUUUCCCAGUUUAACGUUGAAAGACAUUUUGGACAGCAUUAUUGGUGAAUUAUUGAAUGGUGAUGCUAAUGUUAGUCCGUCAAAUCCUCACGAAGCGGUUGACUUGAUUGAGGAAGAACUUUCGUACACCCCACAAACACAUAUAUAUUUAAUAGUGCAUAAUUUGGAUGGCAGCAUGUUGAGAAACACAAAGGCGCAAGCGAUAUUGGCGCGUUUAGCUAGUUUAAGGCAAUUGCAUUUGCUUGCGUCCAUUGAUUAUAUCAACACGCCACUAUUAUGGGAUCACACGAGGCUAAGUAACUUUAACUUUUCUUGGUGGGAUUGCACUACUAUGUUGCCAUACAGCGAUGAAACUGCUUAUGAAAACUCACUGUUGGUACAAAACUCCGGCGAAUUGGCGCUCUCGUCCAUGCGUAGCGUUUUCUCAUCGCUUACAACAAACACACGUGGCAUUUAUAUGAUCAUUGUUAAGAAUCAACUCAAAAAUAAAGGCAACCCCAAUUUCCAGGGCAUGUCGUUCAAGGAUUUGUAUUGGAGUUGUCGUGAAGCUUUUCUUGUCAGUUCCGAUUUGGCAUUGCGUGCACAACUUACAGAGUUUCUGGAUCACAAAUUGGUGAAAUCGAAACGCAACAUUGAUGGCUCGGAAUUGUUGAGUAUACCCAUUGAAGAAGCGCUGUUGCAACAAUUCUUGGAUGAGCAAGAGAAAAAAUCCUGAAAAGGCGUACAACUUACUCCCUUUAAAUGCGGACAAAAACUAGUUCUAGUUGUGUUUAACGACACCGCUAGAAUAUCAUUUACUUUUUGCUUAUGUCGCCAUGAAAUUGUUAAGUAAGUGUGAAAGUUAAACAUUUGUUAAUUCAAUAAAAAAUAUGUUAAGAUUUUUAA